UUCUUAAAUGAUGGUCGGACUAUGAGAGUGUAGUGAUUGAAGAAAGGAUGCGAAAUUUGUGGAAACAUUUUGGUUAGUAAAAAAAACGCGGUGAGGAAGAUCCAUGAAAUGAGGGACAAUUUUCCGUUCUAUUCCAUUCCGACACGUACGGCGGAUCCGCCGCCCACUCAACGUUCUAUUUGCCGCGCCAAGCAUCCGGUCGACAGAAUUGCGGCCAACGAAUAAAUUAAAUCAAAAAAUACUUUCCCCGGCGCGGCCGACCUCAUUCCGAAAUACAAUACUUCAUACAGGAAUUGAUUGAUGGAAGGUGAAAAAUCGUUAUUGACCGCGAUCAAGGCGACUUUGACCAAACCUUCAUGGGUAGUCUUCCUCUUCCUCCUCUUUGCUGCAGCAGCUUUAUUCGGAUUCCAGAUUCCCAAGCAGGACGAAAUUAUUUUCCCGCCGUCGCCGCCAUUGGGUUUCAUCUCCGGUGGAAUGGGGCCGGAGAGAAGGGGUGUCUUCAGCUGCUCCGAUUUCUUCUCCCCGGUCAACCCGCCGAGGAAGGUGGCCCGGUCGAUCGCCGACUUUGGCGGAGUUGGCGACGGGGCUACGUCGAAUACGGCGGCGUUCCGAAGGGCCAUGGAGUUUAUGGAGACUUUCCGUGAGAGGGGCGGGGCCCAGCUUAACGUUCCUCCGGGGCGGUGGCUGACGGGGAGCUUCAACCUCACCAGCAAUUUCACUCUUUUUCUUCAACGUGGAGCUCUCAUUUUGGGUUCCCAGGACCCAAAUGAAUGGCCUAUCAUUCAGGCAUUGCCAUCUUAUGGACGAGGAAGAGAAAGAUUGGGAGGGAGACAUAUUAGCCUCAUUCAUGGAAAUAGUCUUUCUGAUGUGGUAAUUACGGUUUAUUUUCAGGGGAAAAUGGAACAAUUGAUGGGCAGGGAAAGAUGUGGUGGGACCUUUGGUGGAACAGGACACUGAAGAACACAAGAGGCCACCUUGUUGAACUGGUCAACUCAAAUAAUAUUCUCAUCUCUAAUCUCACUUUCCUCAACUCUCCAUUUUGGAAUGUUCAUCCUGUUUAUUGCAGUAAUGUGGUGAUUAGGGACAUGACAAUCUUGGCUCCUCUCAACGCUCCGAACACGGAUGGCAUAGAUCCAGAUUCAAGCAUGAAUGUCUGUAUUGAAGAUUGUUACAUUGAGAGUGGUGACGAUCUUGUCGCCGUGAAGAGCGGGUGGGACCACUAUGGGAUGAGAACUGCCCGGCCAAGCACAAAUGUCAUAAUCCAAAGAGUUUCGGGCACAACCCCAACAUGCUCCGGGGUGGGGAUUGGGAGCGAGAUGUCUGGGGGUGUCUCAAACAUCAUCAUUAAGGAUCUUUACGUCAGAGAUUCAGCAGCAGGGGUUCGGAUUAAGACAGACAAAGGGA